UCGUCGGAUAGAAUCUACAGGUCUUCCCUUGAGGAUUAAAGUGAUUUGUAGCUGCCCGCAAUCCCGUCCUAUACAUAUUUUUGUGAAUUAACACUCGUCUAAAAUGCGUCACAUUGCUGCUUAUCUUCUCCUCCAAAUUGGCGGCAAUGCCUCUCCCUCAGCUGACGAAGUCAAGAAGGUGUUGAGUGCUGUCGGGAUAGAAGCCGAUGAGGACAGGCUCGAAAAACUUAUCUCCGAGCUGGAGGGCAAGGACAUCAAUGCUUUGAUUGCUGAGGGUUCUGCUAAGCUGUCGUCCGUUCCUUCUGGUGGCGCCGUUGCCGCCGCCGCUCCAUCAGCCGGCGGUGCAGCACCUGCCGCUGCCGUCGAGGAGGAGAAAAAGGAAGAAAAGAAGGAGGAGAAGGAGGAAUCCGACGACGACAUGGGCUUCGGUCUCUUCGACUAAAUACGUUACGAAAUGUUGUUCCUGUACGCAUCGUAAUAAUGAGGAAUUCGGUUGGAACGUUCGAAUCAGAAAAUACAUUGCGAUCAGGCAGCGUUGCGGUGCUAAUGGCCGCCGGAAUUGUUGGUGUCGAAAUUAUUAUCUAAUGACCGGCGGCAGGCACGUAUGGAAAGCCGCCGAAACCUACCUGGCGCGAGUUUAAUUGGUGGGGCCCUUCUUCGUGACCGUAUAUUAUGUAAUGUAAUAUAAUGUGACUUGAUCGGACAUUGUAACUAAGCCGGCGGCGCGAGGAAGUGGGAAAAGCCGGAUGCGGCCGGCGGGUU